AGAAAGCAAACGGUUCGUGAUGCCUGUGAAGACGGUGUCAUUUCUGCAGGCUGUCCUGGUAUUGUCUGCUCUGGGCAAUUGUCAGGGUGAGGUGUACUACCCGAAUAUAAUUAAUGAGGGAUUCAAUAUCCUCAGCCGGGGGAACAGGUACAACCUGGAGACGGCAAUCAGACUCUUGUACAAGCCAAUCUGGGCCUACGGUACGGAUGGAGUUGAGGCGUUCAGUCUGUCUCGGUUGCUGAUGAUUUAUGGUGAACCCGAGGACCUUCUCAGGACCUGUCAAAAUUACGGGGGACUCUCCAUCGAUGGAUUGAUCCUCUUGGAGAAGGGCAGAGAACACUGUGGACUCAUUCGUGAGUUCCAGGAGCAAAUUGACGAGAUGAAUUCUCGGAUUGAUGACAUUGAUUCAGAUUACAAACGACUUGUCGAGGAUUAUCAGUCUGGAAACCAUCGAGCGUCUUCGGUCGACGAUUUCUAUCAGUUCGUUGUCAGUGGAUGUGAAAAUACCAUCAACUCCACCACCACCUCCACCUGCUUCUUUCAUCGGGUCGCAGGGAAUGAAUUCAAAUUGAUUCGGGGGACGACUCCGUUCCCCUCAACGAGGUCCAUUCAUCAGGAAGUCUAUCUGUCUUACCUGAAGGUUAGUCUUGCUCUUCUCAAAGGCUUCGCCGCGGAAGUCGCCAGGAUUCGGCAUUCAGCAUAUAAUCCGAAUACCAAAAUUGAGAAGCUGCAGACUCUCUUCGUCCUGCGUGCUGCCAAUCUCGCUAGGAUUACUCAUUCUGCUCUCAAGGUCGCACCGGGAGACAUCAUCCCCGGGGAUCCCGCGGAGUGGGUCGAAGGGGGUAAUUACAUCCGUCUCAAAUGGUUCGUGGAUCAAAUAAUCGUGAACGAAGCGGAUUUGAAUGAAGACAAUUCCUGUUGGAAAAGCUGUGACUAUUACGAAACAACGGAAUUCCGUAAAAAUUCUCCAGCGAGUGGAAAUGACUUGUGCCGUGGAAAAGUUCACAAAUGCCAUCGUCAGUCUGCAGGAGCAGUUUGUCCUGCGGCGUUCCAUUAUGGGAGACGUUACGGAGGGAUCAAAGGCGUCACCAAGAACUGGCAGAAUCUUCAGUUGUCGAAUCCACUGGCCUGUCAAAGCAUCGACGAUAUUUACUACGUCAAACCGUCUUUGCUCGUCAGGUGUGACGUCUGCACGUGCUUUUGUGAUAAUUUCGAAAAUCCAGAAACAAUUCGAAAGUUCAGUCUCCGGAAUGCGACUUCAAAUAUUGAUUACAACAUGAUCAUAACUGGAGUUAGAUUCAUCGAGUCAGGGGGUGUGAUUCACCUGCAGAUUCAGGAGGCACGACUGCUCAGGUUUGGAGUCAUUGAUGCUGACUCUCGGCAGUGGAUCCCUGUGCAGAAUAUAGAUCUGAAGGCAGACACUCAUGAUUAUUACACUCUGCGGUAUCCGUAUGAGAGGAAUAUCAGUUUGAACACUGUGAGCACUCGUGAUGAAAGUGUUCGCAGGUUUAUUUCCGAGCAGAGCCCGGAAUUAGGAGCGCAUCCCCGUGUCCUGACAGGUCUCAGGUUGGCGAAAAAUCAUGUGAAGCAACUGGUCCUUGGGGUCAGGCUCACUGCGGUGGACAUAACAAAUGGAAAAUUAAUUAUCAAAGAAAAUUGGAACGGCUGGGUUUAUCCUAAAUAUGACAGACCAGAUCACGAGAUUAAGCUAGAAGAGCCCGACAUUUCCACUCUUGCUGAGGGAGCGAAUAUUGAGAUCAGGGGUGAGGGAAGGUACGUCGCAUUCCAGCCGACUGAUAAUUUGAAAGACUUUGGUCAGACCACGGUGCCAUUCCUGGACAGUCAGGAUGUCAUUGCCGAGCCCCCGAUUCCUUUAUCGGGCGCAGGAUUGUACUACAAGGGACAGAAAGGCUACGGCGGCUUCAUCGGCCUCAAAUUGAUGUCCUUCGAUUUCUCAGAAUUUGUUGCAACCGAAUUAUCCGUGUAA